AUGGCCGGGAAGGUGGCGCUGCUCCUGUGGGUUUGGGGACAGACCACACCAGGCCCCCCAGGUGCUGCUGUCUCCACUCGGCCACCCCCACCCAGCCCUGUCCCUUCUCCCUUCCAGCCCAGACCCUCGGCCUCGCUGAGCACCCAGCUCCUGGUGGAGCCCCCCUGGACGCCGGCGGUGCUGUGGGACCGGGUGACACUGACCUGCCAGGGCUCGGGGACCGCCGGUGCCACCACCUGGUACAAGGGUGGGCUGCGCUGGUGGCAGGAGGGACAUGACAGCUUCAGUGUCACCGAGAACGGCACCUACCAGUGUGAGAGACCCGGCAGUGGGAUCAGCUCCCCCGUUGUGGUGUCAAAUGAGCCGCUGGUGCUGCAGGUGGCAGGUGCAGCACGGGCACUGCUGGAGGGGGACACGGUGACACUGCGCUGCCGGGGCAGGCAGGACAGCCCUGUCACCAAGGUGCGAUUUUACAAGGACGAGUGGGAUCUGGGGGAGUCCCUCGGGGGCACCGAGCUGUCCCUCUUCCCCCUGGAGCUGCACAACAGCGGCGGAUACCGCUGCGGGGGCUUGGUGGCCUCAGGAAUGCCACUGUCAGCACCGGUGACAGUAACAGUGCACGAGCUCAAGCCUGUCUUGGUGCUGGAGGGUCCCCCCGAGCUCACCGAGGUCCCCCUCAAUCUCAGCUGCCUCAGCACCCCCAGCCCCCUGCGGCCCCCAGCCCCUCUCCUGUACCGCUUCUACCGGGACGGGCAGUCGGUGGGGGGCCCGCAGGGGUCCCCGCAGCUCCUGGUGCCCGCCGUGGGGGUCUCCCACUCGGGGAAUUACAGCUGCGAGGUGCGCUCCGAGGGGGGGGCCGUGCGGAAGAGCAGGGCCCGGCUCGGCGUCACGGUGCGCAGUGAGUGCGGGAUGGGCACGGGGAGCCCCCGCAGCCCUCCCAGGUCUCCCAACCCUGCUCAACCUUCUGCGUGCUGCCCUGCUUUUCCAGCUCUCUCCCUGGGACCUCCCAUCGCCUUGCCUGGUGCCUGCAUCCGUCCCAGGUCUUCUUCUCUGAGUGCCCCUCUCCUGCCCGUGGCCAAUGCCACCAUCACCCCCGGUCCCCCAGCACUCCAGGUGUGCCCAGGUGACCCCGUGACCCUGCGCUGCUCGGUGCAGGUGGGCUCAGCCCCUGUCACCUUCACCUGGCUGCAUGAUGGGCACGAGGUGGCCCGGGGUCCCCUCCUGGAGCUUGGGGCCAUCGAUGUGGGACAUUCGGGCACCUACCAGUGCGUGGCCACCAACCAGCUGGGACAGGACGGGCACCGCGUGUUCUGGGCACUCAGCCCAGAGCUGGCCCUGGAGGUGACACCACAGGGAACCAGUGGACACCACUGGAGCACAGUGGCUGUGAAUGUUGGCAGGACCCUCCUGUACCUGCUCCUGCUCCUGGCUGUCAUCGGGGGCUGUCGCUGGUGGCACCACCAGGCUUUCAGGAAGCCCCAGGACAGGAAUCCCCCGGAGGAGGGGGAAGUGUUGGACCCCCACAUCGUGGGCACUGAGACGGCAAGGUUGCCCAUGGCCGGGAAGGUGGCGCUGCUCCUGUGGGCCCAGACCCUCGGCCUCGCUGGUGCCCAGAGCACCCAGCUCCUGGUGGAGCCCCCCUGGACGCCGGUGGUGCUGUGGGACCGGGUGACACUGACCUGCCAGGGGUUGGGGACCACCGGUGCCACCACCUGGUACAAGGACAGGCGGCGCUGGUGGCAGGAGCAACGACACAGCUUCACUGUCACUGAGAGUGGCACCUACACAUGUGGCGGACCUGGCACAGGGCGCAGCUCCCCCGUGACAGUCUCAGAUGACUGGCUGGUGCUGCAGGUUCCGGCGCGGGCGCUGCUGGAGGGGGACACGGUGACACUGCGCUGCCGGGGCCGGCAGAACAAUUCGGUCAAGGUGUCCUACCGUGACAGACAAGAACUGGGGGCGCUCCACAAUGGGAUUGAACUGUCACUGUCCCCUCUACAGCUGCACCACAGCGGCCACUAUCACUGCAGGGGCUGGGUGAAAUACUGGGGGUGGUGGGAGCAGUCAGCGGCGGUGCCAGUGCCAGUGCAAGUGCCCGUGGCCAAUGCCACCAUCACCCCCGGUCCCCCGGCUCUCCAGGUGUGCCCAGGUGACCCCGUGACCCUGCGCUGCUCGGUGCAGGUGGGCUCAGCCCCUGUCACCUUCACCUGGCUGCUCGAUGGGCACGAGGUGGCUCGGGGUCCCCUCCUGGAGCUUGGGGCCAUCGAUGUGGGACAUUUGGGCACCUACCAGUGCGUGGCCACCAACCAGCUGGGACAGGACGGGCUCCGCGUGUUCCAGGCACUCAGCCCAGAGCUGGCCCUGGAGGUGACACCACAGGGAACCACUGGACACCACUGGAGCACAGCAGUGGCCACAGGCCUUGGUGGAUCCCUCCUCUUCCUGGUCCUGCUCGUGGGUGGAGCUGUGGGCUUGUACCAGUGGAACAGCAUGACUGCCAGGAAGCAGCAGGAAAGGCCCCCCCCCAGAGGAGGGGGAGGUGCUGUACACCCACGUCGUGAGCACCAAGCAGAUGGGAGUGUCCCCCUGUGCCACCACACUCCAGGAUCCCCAGGGUUCCCCACCCUGCCCGGGAGAUGGACACGAGUGGGGCAUCCCAUGUGGGGCUGUCCAGAGCUCCCCGUUCCAGUGCUCCCAGUUGUCCCAGUACCUCCAGGGGCUCCGCAUUCCCUCCUCCUGGGACACGGCACAAGACCUUUGUCCCACUGACUGGACACAAAACUCAGAUUUUGAAUUAAACUGGGAGAAAUGGUUCUUGUUUGUUCAGCUCUGCCCGCUCAGCUCAGGAUGCAGGAGGGUCCCUGUCAGGCUGUUGAGCAGAUCCUUGUGGGAUUUGUAGGAUUUUUGGGGUUCUCUCAGUCCCUUAAGGAAAGGGACCAAAUGAUCAAUUUCUGCAUUUCUGGACUGGUUCCCUCACAGCUGCCCCUGCAGGGGGGGUUUCCAGCCAGCCCUGCUCUGAAAAACGUCAAAGGCCCUCACAGAGUCACUGCUUGGACUCACACUGGGUUUUGUGCUUCUUGCAGGGCUGACAAAACCACAUCCAGGCCUUUUCCCCCACAGACAGAAUUCUCACCUUUGCAACAGCUCAAAAACUGCGAGAAAGAAAGGCAAGGGGAUGGGGGGAGCCUCAGGUCCUGGCUGCCACCUGGGGCUGGCCAAAGCCCUUUCCUGUGCAGUGGCCAAGUCGAGAAGCUCCCCAAAAUCUUCUCGGCAGAAAAGAAACUUCUUGUGGGGAUGGCUGGGGGAAUCUGAGCCCCAAGAUGAGUCCAAUGCUGUCCCGGUAGCCCAAAAUCUCUGGGAGAGAUUGCAGAAUCGUGUGUUUGUGCACAGGGAUAAUUAAAAGCACGACUGAACUUCAGGAAUGCUGGGUCUAAUUGCAGGAGCGCGUUAACGGUCUGCUCCUCCUCCCUAACCUCCACCCCUUCAUCCUCUUCCUCCUCUUCCUCCUCUUCCUCCUCUUCCUCCUCUUCCUCCUCUGCCUCCUCCUUGUCCUCCCCCUGAGGCUGCUGUGUCGGGACCAGCAGCACCCCAGGAAGAGUAGCAGCUCCAAACGUGCUGUGGAGACCCUGAGGAGCCCUGGCAGUGUCAGCAAGGAGCACCUGCUUUCCUCAACACCCCCGGGGAAUUCAACAUUCCCAGAGCUGCUGUGCCAGGGCUGAAGGAGGAAAAGGCAGUGAAAAGCUGAGGGUUUUCAGGAAUUGUGGUGGAAAGGCACGAGAGGUGCUGCUGUGGGCCUGAGACCUGCCUGGGGUUCGGCGCUGCCUUCCUUGCGUUCCCAUCAGGGAGAGCGGUCGCGGGUGUUGCGCAGGGUGUGUGCCUGGGCCGGGACACUGCUACGCUGCCACCGGGCACCAGGAUCCAAGCUGCUGCCUUCGUCUCUUCUGCCCGGGCGCUGCCGGUGCUGGUGCCGGGACCAAUUGGUGCAAAGUGUGAGUUUGCCAAAGGAGCGAUUUGGCCUCGUCCCUCCCGCCCGAGGCCGCCAUGGCCCCUGAGGGGUUGGAGCUGGCACCGGGGCGCCCCCUGCUGGCCGGGAGUGCUCCC